AUUUUCGGACUCGGGAGGUUUUGCGGGUUAGCCUGGCCAUGCAUCCUAACGCAUCACAGCUGUCAACGUUUAAAUCCUGGCCGUUGGAUUAAGCUUCAAACGUCUACGAUUUCUAAAUCGGAAUCCAAGCCACGAGCUUCGCUCAAGCUAGCUCGCUCGGAAUGCUCCUUCCGUCUGCGACCCGCUUCAUCCCGUGACCCCCGGCAGGCCGCCCACAGCUCCCACCGCCGCGCCGUCGGCUCUCUUCGAGCACGCCUCCAUUCCGUCGAACACCUUGUAUAUAUCUCCGUCUCCCUUCCCUUCCCUCCCCUCUUCUCCCAUGGUUUAGGCUGGCGGUCAAGCAGCUGCUGCCGCUGCCUCCGUUUCUUCUGUGGCGCAAUCGGUCGAACAAGAGAUGGCCGCAAUAACCACUGCAAGUAAAGCCCUCAGGGCCCCGUUGGCUCGCCUCGUCUCUGUCCGCUCGCUCUCCCAACUUCCCAACGCCGCCGCGAGGAGGCCUUUGACCCGGUCCCUCCUUUUUCCGCUAAACGAGGAACCUCAGCGCGCCCGGCGCUUCUCGGCCAACGCGGUGAUGGGCGACCGGGUGGUCCAGGAGCUGCUGGCUGAGGUGGAGAGAGAGAAGCAGCGGGAGAGAGAGGAGAAGAGGAAGGCUGGGGUGGAGGUCGACGAGGAGGAAGAAGAAGAGGACUACAUGGGGGUGGUCCCGCUCAUAGAGAAGCUGGAGAAGAAGAAGGUCAAGGAUCUCGACAAUAUCGAUCAGUUCUGGGAGCCCACCGACUCCGAGAGCGAUGACGACCAGCGCUUCUCCCCUGACGAGGUGAAGAAGCGCGCUGAUGAGUUCGAGAAGAAGUGCAAGCGGCAUGCCGAGUUGCUCAAGAACUUCGCCGAGGCUGAAACUCUUGAUGAAGCUCAUAAAUGGAUGACGAAAAUUGACAAAUUUGAGCGGCGACAUUUGAGACUGCCACUGGAGUACAAGGUUAUUGGUGAUUUGAUGAAUUGCUUGAAGGAAACCACUGAAACAAAGGACAGAUUUAUUCUGCUACAGAAGCUCAAUCGAGCUGUGAGGUUGAUGGAGUGCAAGGAGGCCUAUGACCCAAACAAUCCUGCAAAUUUUGGAGUUAUCCAACAUCAGCAAGUUGGUUCUCCUGAUGAUCUGGUGGAUAAUGCUGGAUUUGAAAGGGAAAAGGAAAUGAUUCAAGGAGCUAGUCUUGAGGAAGAUGAUGAAGAUUUCUCUGAAACAAAAGAGAAGGAUGAUUUACUAUUGGAGAAACUCAAUGCCAUUGAGAAAAGGAUUGAGGAGAAGCUAGCAGAACUGGAUCAUAUAUUUGGAAAGAAAGGCAGGGUUCUGGAGGAGGAAAUCAAAGAGCUGGUAGAGGAGAGAAAUUCUUUGACAGAAAAGAAAAGAAGACCUCUCUAUCAAAAAGGCUUUGAUGUGAAGAUAAUUGAUGUAAAUCGGACGUGUAAAGUUACAAAGGGAGGGCAAGUGGUGAAGUACACUGCAUUGCUUGCUACUGGAAACUACCAUGGAGUUGUGGGUUUUGCUAAAGCCAAAGCUCCAACGGCUAAGAUUGCUAUUCAAAGGGCAUAUGAGAAAUGCUUCCAGAAUCUUCAUUACAUUGAGCGAUAUGAAGGGCAUACUAUUGCUCAUGCAAUCCAUAUGACAUAUGAGAAAACCAAGGUAUACCUCUGGCCUGGUCCAAUGAGGAGUGGGAUGUCAGCAGCAAGCAAAACUGUUGAAACUGUCCUACGGUUGGCUGGUUUCAGCAAUGUCAAGUCAAAGAUCAUUGGCUCAAGGAACCCGCUAAAUGUCAUGAAGGCUCUUUUCAAAGCACUGAAUGCUAUUGAAACUCCCAAGGAUGUCCAAGAGAAGUUUGGACGAACUGUUGUUGAGUCAUACUUAUUAUGAAGCAAGUGCAUCUGAGCACUCCAUUACAUUCACAAGCAUUCCUUUUUUUUUUCUUUUCUGCAAAUCUAAUCUUUUCCCAUGUUGUAGGCUACAGGGUAUCCCUCUGCAAGCUGGGCCAAAUCCUCUUGAUAUUUUUCAGGUCUCCAGCCAUUUUUGAAACCGUCUUAUCUAUCCAAUCUAUAUACUUAAUAAUCACACGUGACCUGCAUGUCCACAUAACGUAUACAAGGAUUAGAUCAGAUCAUUAAAUUGUUUUUCCGGGCUUGAUGCUUCUCCAUUAGCCAAGUUGAGAUCUUGCAUGGGAUGGUUUGAACAAUGUGCAAGCGCAUACCGCACCGCCCUUGCUGCCUCAGUAUAAUGUUCUUCCUCAGGGUCCUCAUAUGCCAAUGAUGCCAUCAUUUUCGUAUCAUCCAGUUGGGUUAAAUUUGCAAUCAGGUUAGGCACCUCCACCACACAUAUGUCAUCAAUGGCAAGGUCAUCUACACCUGAAGUGAAAUCUAGUUGAACCAAAAGAAGAGCUACAUCACUUAUCAAGUUCCGGAGGAAAAGAAAGGACAGAUGUUUCAACAAGAAAAUUAGAUAUGUCAAUCGAAAACAUCUUGCUGAAAAAAGGCGAAGAGUUCGAGGGCAGUUUGUGAGGCAGGUGAACGACAUGGUUGUUCACCACCACAGCAUAUUUAUCACUGGUGAUGGUUAUUCUGAGGAGGAUGAAGAUGAGGAACCUACAUCUACGGAGUUGGAACUUGUUUCUUCUCGCAAACAAAAUGCUUCGGAGUGUUGAUCUGUUCAACCGAAGCUGGCAAACCACAAUGAAUUUAUCGCUGGUGAUGGUGAUUAUGAGGAGGAUAAAGAUGAGGAACCGUCAUCCAGGGAGCUAGAACUUGCUUCUUCUCCCAAAUGGAUUCGUCGGAGUUUGGUCAGCUUAGUCAAAGCUCGUAAAUGUAUUAUAGAUAUGCUGAUACAUGGGCUACAGAGCAGCAGGUCUCCAAUGUACCAGAUGUUACAAACUUCUAUUGUUGCAACACUUCCCAUGCUGGCUGCAUCUUAGUCAUGGUUGUGCUCUUGCAGUGGUAACUUGAGUGAGGACCGUUUAGGUGGUACUUAUCCUUUAACCUCUCUGCAACAAACUGACAAGGCAUCAAAAUAUGGGAUGCUGUUAAUCUCUUUUUCGAAGUAUACUGGACUCUCUUUUAUGGUUGUGUAACUUGCUGAUAGAUAAUUCAUAGAGCUUAGCCUCGCUCAAGCACUAAAUCAAUCAUUGAUGUUUUUUGAAGAAACUCGGUAUUAUAUGGUGAUCAUGCUUUAUAUUUA